AUGAGGAUUGUUCCCCUCCUCAUCCGUCGGGUUGGUCCUUGUACCGAGGCCUUAGCCGCCGACUUAUCUUCUCCGGUGUUCAAGGAUCUUGUCUAUCUUGAUUUCACAGCUGAUUGUGCAUCUAAGCAGACGAUGCUUCUUUCUUCUUUACAGGACGUGGUUAGUGCCAAACGCACUGCUGCGCUAUCCUUGGGUGUUGAGCACACCACCUUUGUAUUGAUAGAUGGAAUAGAACAGAGCGAUUUACGCGCUUUGGACUUGUGCGUCGGCGGGCAGGUGACUCUGACUUCAGGAUCUAGCACGUCAGAUGCUUCAUAUAGUUGCACCUUCCCAGAACUAGAUAUCAAUCUGCGACACUUUUAUUGCCCCAGUCAGGAGGUCGCUGCAAAACCCAUAGAGAAGAGCAAGGGAAAAUCCGACAGCAAAAACGAAGCCCCAAAGGUUGAGACGAAGGACUUCCACGAAUAUCUUAUAAACGAAACCGCUAUAGAGUUCCCGCUUCUCCUUUCUGUGGCUCAGGAGCUGCUUCGUGAGUGGAUGCAUAGACGCCUUUACAUGGCCCAUCUGCGCGCAUCUAGAGUACAUAAUGUCAGCGGACAUUCCGUUUGGCUCGAUGUUAUGCCACCAAUGAUUGUUACGCUCGGUUGCCCGUCAUUACACCUUUUGUAUGAUACGGCUGUGCUUGGGCCUAGGAUGAUGCGUCUCUAUAGAACACGGAUGAGCUACUUCUCCCCAGCAGAUCAAAAUCACUUAUCUGUGUUGCUAGGUGCCAUGGUUGAUGCUGUGGUGCUGUGCUCUCCAGAUCCCAAGAAGGCAGACACACAACUUGCCCAGCCUGCGUCUGUAGCAGACAACAUACCUCUCUCUGAAGGAGAUAUCUCUCUCAAUGUCUUGCAAACACGUGGACCACGUGAAUCGAACUUGGCAGGAAAUAGAGAAGAAUCAGCCGAACAUGAGGAUUGUCAGUCUACUCCUGUCGAGCUCAGCUGGAAUCACGCAGGCGAGGAAUCGUCCGCGUUAACUGAUGAGUCUGUUACUCUAUCAGAUCGCACAAUUACUGGACCUCUUUUAUUUCCUCUGCGGAGUGUCAUCCAUUCUGAAAGUACUUGCUUUGCUCCAUUUGAAGACAGCAAUUUGUUCAGGCAAAGAUUUGAAGGCCUUCCUAGUUCAUUCACUGGUAUCACCGGUCUAUUACGUCUUUACAGCAGCUCCAAGGGUAACAGGGAAGCAGGACACAAUGAUGGGCACGCCUUGAAUUGUGACACAAAUGAGCCACUCCAGAACACGUACGAAGCACUCUCACCGCAGAUGAACAAAGCGACAGCAUAUACCUCUCUCUAUGACACUUACACUAUAACCUUGAAUCGUUGUGUCUCUGAAGAGGUCAAGACCUAUAAAAAGAGGGCCUUGGACGCCCAAAUAGCGACAUUAGACAUUCAAAAACUCAUAGAAGAAUACUUCCCAGAACGGAAUUAUGCUAUUCUUGAAAACUUUCGCAGUCUAUCGCCGCGAACUGUGAUGUUACGGAGAUCAGACUUUCAGGAGCUCAUUAGGCUAUUCCUCAAAGAAAGCCCUCAACCGCUUUCAAUUCAAGAGGCGGAGACCUUGGUCAGGAAGACCCUUGUCCUACAUCUGAAUGAGCUAUUAGUAGCCAAUGGUUCUCCUGGUCCUUUACCACCUAAUAAUAUCCUAGAUAUUACCGCUGCAUUACCGGAGACAGUGGUACAUAAGAACCUUCAGCACAGUGCAGUUAUCAAGCUAGGCACGAAAACGUCUGAGGCGCAAAAUCGAUUGGCGUACUACACAGCCCUGGUACCGAAGCCUAUUAUUCCAGUAAUGAACUAUGCCUAUUUUGAGCCACUAACAAACUCUCUUUGUCUCUCCCAGAAGCUCAUUGAACCAAAUGAAGAUGGAGUUGUUUUGAGAACUCUCGAGAACACAAACGAGCUGGUCCUGAAACAGUCUCUUUUGCGUAAUAUACAACAGUAUCUCUUGAGACAUCUGCAAGAGCUCUGCAGAUUGCUGGAUAUUCCAUACGACCCUAUCUCUGUCCUAUCAACGGUCGUUCCCAGCUACGUGGAGUGGCGAAAUGCACUGGAACAGUUUUCGCCAGUGUCGGCACCGAGCGAAUUGGCAGAUCCCGCACUUGUGUACUCUAUUUGCUACUGCUAUGCCGAUAGUCCCGCAUCCUUUAACGAGUUUCUACAUGGAAAAGAUGGACACAAUGAGCAAUCAGCAUCAACGGGGCAACCAUCUUAUCGUAUCUCUCCCCAUAGGGUCCGAAAGCCAAACCCAAUCUCACAGUUUAUAGACUUUAUAAUAGAAACUGUUACCGAAGCAUGUGUGGCUACAUAUCGACAAGUAGCUGAAUUUGCAAACUCGAAGGUCAAUUGUCAAACGGCCGGGUCUUCUUCUGAUGACAAUCUUGCGAGAUCCAGUCUUUAUUUGGACAAUGGUGAGCCGUAUCUAGUAUCGAGUCAACAACACGCUCUGGACUCUUCGUUAGACUCUAGACCACAAGGAAGUCGCACAAAACAGAGAGAUUCAAGUAGCUCAAGAAUCUCACCAGCAGUUAACCCAAGCUUAGAGGCACAGUGUUCAGAAACCGAUGACAAAAGCAACCACACUGUGGAAUUAGAGGGACUCGAACCCAUCAUGGAGGAGAACAGGGGAGCAAGUGCUUCUGUUUCCUCUUGCACAAACGAUAUGUCACUGGCCUCUCUAUUAGUAGCGGAUUCUCAAUGGAUUUACUUUUCUUCUGAUAGCAUACCCUGCUUAAUGGCACAAUUGGGGCCCGUUGCGCCUUUGAAGCCAGAGAGCUACAAAGAUUUCUUCACGAGGUACCACUGUGAUGCUAUACGCAAUGAUCAAAAGGACGUUCCACAGAAAGGGAAGCCGGCAAGUAGUGCUGCAAAAGACAAGGGCUCUGCUAUCCAGGUUGACCCAGCAAUAACACCCGAGGAUCUCGCUGAGCUUAACCUGGAGUUAGCACUUUCCCUUAUUUUGUUUGAACUAUAUGGUGAUGAACCGUCGGCUUUUAUACUUAAUAGUCUUCUGGGGUUCCUGAAUUCAGACUAUGAGGAUCUCAUUGACGAGGAAAGUUACUCAAAGCAAAAGCAUCCUGUGACCCAACUCCGCCUUAGUGGAUUGAAGAAGCAUGUGAAGAUAAGUGUCUCUGCAGUGUAUUACGCACAAACUGCAGGAAAGGGGUCGCACUGUACGUAUUUGAAUUAUACUUCGCAAAACAAGAAUGCUUCUCUUAUUAGUCGCCUUCGAGAGGCUAUUUCGGCAAGUUGCGUAGAGGGGUUAAGGAAAGAUUCCGUAGGAAGCGUUGGCAAAGGCAAAGAUUCAAAGCAAAGAGAGCAGAUGCCCACAACUGUUGUUGUAGAGGCUUCAGCGUUUUCUAAAAGUCAAUAUGGGCGCAUAAAUAGCACGCCACAGCGCCUCUCUAAAACGGUAUUUGCAGAUUUUAUCAAAGCUAAAGCACAGACAUCGUUCUCGAUCCAUCCUAAUUAUAGUUUAAGGAAUUACUCCACAUUCUACCUCACUCCAAACGACAAAUCCUCCAUUUCAUCCUCACCCUUACAGAGACGAAUUGACUUUUAUCGAAUGUGGGCUAGCCUUUUUGUUCAACCAGAAUCUGACCUUGGUACUGGAGACUACGCUGAUCACUUUGUAAUGCUUUCUGAAACAGAGGAAAACAUAUCCAGGAUUGAAGUAGUGUCCCAGAAGGAUAGCGGUGAUGGGCUUGGUCCCUUAACGACUGCUAUUCCAAUGACCGCUAAACUUAAUAUUCUCUUUGGAGAUAAAAGUGUGGGCAUAAUAAAGCAGUAUACGCUAACAUACAUACUAUCAGAUUGUAGCGUUUUUGUGGAUACAUCGGCUCUCCAGGAGCCAGUGCCCAUUCCAGCACACCUGACGCCGGAAGAGACGGAGAGACCUGCAAACGAAUCAUCAGGCAACCCGUCCAGAACUCAGAGUAGAAGUGGUGCUCGUGGAAGCGUUAAGACAGUCGACGCCAAUCCUGUAGCAUCCUCACUGGUAGAAAGUAGUUCUUCUCAAAACCCUGCACCACAAGAGCCUGAGCGCGCUCUCAUGUGUAGAAUUGCCUUGGAAGAAGACCUCCUUUAUACAAAGCGACCAGAUCUAGCUCGAUUUGCGCUGAUUGCCGAAUUCUGUGGUGCGCUCACCCCUAGCAGGUCAACAGCGUGUUGCAACACCGACCAUAUUGAGUUUGCAAUGUAUUCUGAUGGGUCGUGUAAUGUCCAGUGCAAUGGCAUUGUGCUGGUUGAUCUGACUUUUGCAGAAAAUAACGAGUCGAAAAUCCAAGUAACUGCACACGAAAAGCUCUCGAGUCCAAAUGAUUCUAUAGAUACUUUGCCAAACUUUAUCUCCAACAUAAUAUAUGAAAUAAUUGGGUUUCUAACAGAGUAUGGUGCCGCUAAGUCACAGUCUAGGCAUAGCACCACGUCGGAAAAAUAUUCUACCAGGCAAGACUGUAACGUCAAGCACAGUUCUGCGCCGUUUCUUUUUGGCGACGAAGUUGAACGAAGCGAAAUAUCUAUGGAGUACGCUAGACUUGUUCCGAACAUUGCAAGCGUAGUGUUGGCCAGGGUCCCCGACGAUCUUUUUUCUGACAGUGCAUACUCCAAUGAAACGCAUGUUUUGUUGAUCGAAUUACCUAUUUUUAAUACAUUUAUUGUGCGUUUUUUGGUAUCAAAAAGCACGCUCUUUUUACUGAGUAAUGGAGAUGCAGUGUUUAUAGAGGGAUCGUACUUGCAUCUCUUUCGCUCUGACACUGCCUUUUUAUCUAUUCUUCAGGUCAGAUCAUCUCCAUCAACCUGUCUAGUUCCCACCCAAGGAGGCUCGAGUGCAAUUCCAGUGUAUAGCUCCCCGCUCGUUUUAUAUGCCAGCCAGGGAUUUCCUUUCUGGAACGUCUUCUUUGAGCAACGGAAGAAGUGGUUGGUCACCCGCAAGAUUCCUGAGCGUAUCAAUUUCAAUCCAAAAAGCAGACCGCAUUUGGGCCAACAUAACAUUGAACGUGAGAGCAUGGCUCUAAAAGAUACGCUUACGUUGGCAAGGCAAAUGUGUAACUUAGCACAGAAGGAGUAUUCCGAAUUUCCUGCAGUAUAUCCUUGUUACUUAGAUAUUUUUGGCACAGAGUCUGUUUGGAGAAUGCAUCACGAAGCGUUUGUUACCGGAACAGACUCUGUUGUUGUGCCUUUGCGUGGUGUAACUCGCUUUCUCUUGGGGUCUCCAGAAGUACAUGCGCCUGAUUGUCGAGGUCAUAGUAUUUCCCCGUAUCCACCUAGUCUUUCCUUACUGGAUUGGACUGGCAAUACAAUCUUUUGCAGAUUGGGCUGUACCUUUGAACCAAAGAUCACCAAGUUCGUGACUCUGACGGAGUCAGUACAACAACCCGAAAGGUCGUUAUCUAAAGAAAAGGGCGCAUCCAGGAAAGAGACAUCGUCUACUGGAACCCAAUCGUCUAAGAAGACCUCUAAGGAACCUCCUCGUGUAGCCACCGACACCAAUACAUCUGCAGAGCAGCAAAGUCAGGACGUUGCUUCUGAUGCAUUAGCAAAGCCGCCUUGUACAAUCGUGGAGAAAAAACUGGACUGCUUCAACUCUGUGAGACCCUUCCUACCCCCAGUCAUCCCACCAAAAGUUCAGGCUGAUGUUGUCGUUGAAUUAGAACGCGUACUCCAGGAACGUGAGGAUAAGGCGAUGCAAAGAAUAUUGAAAAGAGAGCAAGCGCUUAAUGACGUUCUCGAAAAGCAAUCUGUAGAAUCUGCACCUAGGAAAGAUGCAAAAGAGAAGUCGCCAAAGAAAUCUAAUAAAGAUACUAAUAAACCAGAGACUACUCUGAAAGAAGAGCCCUUAGAAAAUGAUGCGCCUUUAGAGGUUCACCGCGAGAUUGUCGACAUCCUCAGUGAGGUCAACCCAAUUAAAACAUACUCCGCUCUCCAAUUGUUCUUCAAACAUUUCUCAGAUAUUUCUCGGCAAAAGAUGGAGCAAGAGGCUGCUAUGGCUGUUGCUCAAUCCUCAGCUAAGGGGAAGGAUCUUAAAAACCAGGUGGAGCCUGCUUUUGUCAGUAUCCCGAAGGUAUCCUCCGUAUACCUUUCCCGACAAGAACAUCCGCAGACAGCAGAAGGGCUGCUGGAUGAUUGCAUGCAGGAUCCAAAUGGCAUUCCCUUGCCCUGCUGCCCCAUCAUUAGUCCAAGGUAUUUUAUUUACCCUAUCAGUCCAGAUUUGCGCAACGCGCUUAGCUACAGUGUAGAGGACGAGUGUAUGGGAUAUCUGCGCAACUGUGAGCCCUGGGUUUGUCUACACGAUGCAGACAUAUCAUACUUACGGUACAUCGGAAUGCUGCAUCAGCUUAUCGACUCCAGUAAUUACACGGCCAUAAGCUCACGCUCGUCCCAAGCAUACUUUAAAAUUUCAACCACCAGCAAACUUUCUUGUCUGCCUCGUUACCUAUUCUCCCUUCCCCUUUCAUCCAUAGUUUGCCAGAUACUAAACACCAUGCGGUCUGCACUUGCGUUUACUAAUUUACCGAUGACCUCAGCGCUUGAGGACAGUCCAUGUGACGCGAGCACGCUCUCUACCACAUCUAGAGGAAAGGCUGGAGCGAAAGGCGUGAUAACGAGGGGCGGGACACACGCAACAGUUGCACAAGGCAUAGUGCUGCCUCCGAAACUUAAAGGAAAGUCUGCCUGGGAAACUGGUGCUUCCGAUCCUAGCCCUCUACACGUCCCAUUUGGAGAGAGAUUUCUAUCAUUGUUCGAUCCUAACAGUCCAUAUCUGCUACACCCUGGCGAUAAGUACGCAGCGAAUGUGGUGGAGUUCAUAGAGCUCCAUUCAUUCCUUACGAAGGGGGACCUUUUGUGUUAUCAGCACUUAGAACAAACAAAACUCAAUUGGAAGCUUAGUGCCGCACAAAGAGACAUAGUUAUUCAGAGUUACCAAAAGAUGGAGACGACCGGAAUAGCACUUGGUAAAGCUCUGACAUCUGUGAUUGCAAUUCUGAAGAAGGAGAAGAGACAGCGUGAGAGGGAAGCUAUGCGUGAGCUGGAACAACAAGAGGAGCUGGCGCGUCAGAUGGCCCUGUUUGCAGAACAACAUGUGCGCUCUAACGAAGAAGAGAAGAAUGAAGUGAGUUAUGAUUACAGUGUUGAUAAACCCACCAAAAGCGCAAGGCCGAGAAAGCACAUGAACACUAAAAAGCCUGUGGAUAUGGCGCUCCCGAAAAUUGCGAACAUCAGCCCUCCGCCGCUAGACUGGAAGCGGCAGUUUAACGAUGAAGACCUUGACGUCGAGUAUGCUGCUCUGAGUGUUGAUGAGCUGCGUCGUAAGAGCUAUGUCGAAAAAUAUCCCCUUUUGAAAUACGUGCCCGCUGAUAUCGACCCCCGAGAAAAGGCCAUGUCAUCCAAGAUGUUAGCACACCAGACGAUUAUACAAUCAACAAGCGGAAGCAGUGUACUAGGAUCUAGCAAAAACAAUCCUACAAUCCUUCGAGCAAUCCCAACCAAAAUCAACAUACGCCAAAAAACCUUUAAUGUUCUGUUAAAAAAUCUAUCUGAAGAUAUUCUUUCAGUCUCAUUGACAUAUGACUGCAACAUUCUCAAUCUCUCUGAACCAACUGGACCACUCACACUCUCCCCACAAACAAGCAUUGAUCUUCAUUUUGAGGUGAAGCUCCAUAGGCCAACAGAAAUAGUAGUCAAAGGGGAAACGCUAGCAGGCAAUUCAGACAGUAUCGUAGUAUCAUGUGUCGGAAAAAUCAUGCCUACAAGCACCUCUUCACACUCUGGUCUUAGAUGA